AUGAUACUGCGACGACAACUCCGACCGUCGGCCAGUGAGCUGGCACCGACGGAUCCACAUCCUACAGCCACCGUGAUAAGAACACCUACACACCCACCGCAGAACACGACAAUACCGGCGAAGACGCACCCCAUGGUAAUCUUGGGACCACCGCUAUCUACAUCUGAGAGGCCACCCCCAACAGCGACCCUCCAACCUACCCAAAGACCACCGGAUAGAUUGGAGACCACCAGAGGGAUUGCAACUGUUUCCUUGAAGCGCCCACCAUCGCCGACUGAGCUUUCCCAACAUACCACCGGCCGUCCGCGUGUCUCGGCCCAGACCAUUCUAUCUCCGCCGAAGCAGAUGGUGACCACCCGCAAACGCCUGACUGCAACCCAUCUAUCUCUAGCAUCACCCAGUCCCUCCGCACAUUGCAGCAACUCCCACACAACGCCUACACCCACCACACCACCAUCUUCAACUCCCACCGCCACGUUCCUUAGCAACGCAAAAGAAGUCCACGCCCUCUCGCUCAGCAUGAUCAUCUCGCUGAUCGCAAUCUCCCUUGCUCUGCUCACUCUCCUCCUCUUCAUUGCAAAAUUCCUGCACACCUACUACAAAAAGCGCCACCGCCGCAAAAGGGACAUGCGACUUUCCCAACCGCCCACUACCGCUGCGCCAGGUGAACAGCCUUACGUCCCGCAACCCAUCAACAGGACCGGUCCACGCCCGGUGCUGGAUGAGAGGGCGAAGGAUUUCGUGAUGCGCAAUGUUCCGGUACAGGCGCGAGAGACCCACGGUGAGAGUGAGGUGUUCAAGAAUCAUAGGGGGUCGCUUGAGUUGAGGUACGUGAGGCCGAUGCCGGAUGGGCAUUGGGGGAAGGAUCAGCGGUUUGUGCAUGGGACGGGGGAGGGGCGGAAAGAUGUGUUUUCUACGGAACCGGAUCGGUGGGAUAGAGAGAAGCGGGAGCGAUUUGAGCGGGUGAUGGGGACUCCUCCAUCACUUGAUCAGUUGGCUGGUGGUGCAGGAGACCGGCAAUUUAACGGUCCGGGGACAAGGCAGCCGCAGUACGAUGGGAGCAAUCCUUAG